AAGAUAAAAAACUCGCGCAUUUUGCCAACUCAAGAGUUUCUGUGUGUCCAUUUCGUCCGAAAAAGGAAAUCGCCAAUCGAUGAUCUUCACAAUCAACAACUACGAGUACGACUGCACCAAACGGUGCCGUCUCGUGAGCCAUGGAAACGCAAUCACGGCCGCGUUGACCAAGCGCUCCGUCUCGGAUGAGCAGCUGGCGGCGUACAUCGCGAAGACGUGCCGGAACUUUGCCAACAUCCUCGACGAGUACGGCCGAUCGGCCCUGCAUAUGGCAGCGUCGGUCGGCCGGUACGCUAUCGUCGAGUGGCUGAUUAAUCAGGGAGCCAGCAUCACGCAGAAGGACACGGAAUCGGGCCACACGGCGCUGCACCGGGCCGCUUACUACGGGAGUGUCGGAGCGGCCGUACUGCUGGUGAAGUACGGGGCUUCGCUUGAGGUUCCGGAUGAAGACUUUGUGAAUCCGCUUCAGCUAUGCAGCAGCGUGGCAGGAGGACGGAAUAGUGCCACCGAUCUCGGCCCGGAACUCAUGAUCUGGGGUCAGAACCGCAACUACAACCUGGGCAUCGGGAAUGUCCAGGGCCGUGCGCAACCCGAGAGUGCCGAACACUUUCGUAAAACACGCACCACAAUCGACCGGGUGGCCAUCAGUGCGUACCACAGUGUGUUCCUUACACACGGCACCGAGACGGAAGUGUACGCCACAGGACACGGCGUUGGUGGUCGCUUGGGAAUGGGAAUCGAAAACACGAUCGCACACCCGGCGAAGGUAUCCGUGCCGGUAAAGGCAGGAGAUCGGAUCAUCGACGUGGCCACCGGCAAGCAUCACACACUCAUUCUCACUGAGACCAGCAGCAUAUAUUCCUGCGGAGAGAACACACACUGCCAGCUGGGUAUCAAUCCACCGCCAGCGAAACAACUGACACCCAAAGAAAUCACCGGGCAAUCCGUUCUUGCCGGUAAAACGAUAAAGCGUAUCAUCGCGCGGGACUAUCACUCGAUUGCGAUCGCUGAAGCGGACGUGUACGUGUGGGGAUUGAAUGGUGGUCAGUUCGGAUUGAAGCGAGAUGCCCGCGGUGAGACAAUUGUCCUACCGAAAGCGAUGCCUCUCAUUCCGGAGGGCACGAACUUGAAGAACCUAGCGGUGGAGGGUGGCGGAACUGUGAAGCGGGAUACGAGGAUCCGGUUGAUCGAGUCCAGUAAUGCUGCCAUCGUGGUAUACACCGAGUCCAAGUAUUUGCACAUAUUCACCGGAUUUAAAGUGAAAACGUACAAAAAACCCCUCAUGGAAAAGAUCGCCUGCCUUUCGGUAACGGGCGGUGAGCUGCAGACCUCACAAGAAGACGUUCCACGACAGACGGGUGAUUUGCGAGUAAUCGUGUUCACCUCUUCGCGUAAUAUUUACAUCUGGUAUGAUGACUGCCAGCAGUUCAUCCGGUGCGUGUUCGCUCAAUCACGUAAUCUCGAGGUGGACAAGAUACUGUGGUGUGCCGAUAGUGCGCUGGUGUUAUUGCUAGGCCACCUUUACCAUGGUACGAUUUCCAACAAGCUACCUCGAUCAGCUCGCGCCGGUCAAUUCAGUGGUUUUACCGAAACGAGCAACCGGAAGGAACUGUGUGAGACGCUGCAAAGCCGGAUCGAGCUGAAACGCAUUCGCCAUCUUAGCAACGUUAUCGACUUUGUGUGUGAUGCCGAGGGAGAAAAUUAUGCGGCACUCGUGGAGAACAGUAAGCGAUGCUUUGCAGUACCGGAGUUGGUGGAAUCGAACUACGAUUAUGGGACGCUGCUAGCGGAGGCUUCCGAGGAGGAUGCCGUGCAUGAUGUGGUGUUCUACGUCGAGGGCCAAUCGUUUGCAGCCCAUCGGUUUAUACUGUACCAUCGUUCGGAGUUUUUGCGGCGAUUAUUGAAGGCAAAACCGGAGCAGAAGGAGUUCCACUUGAAGGAAUGUGGACUGGAGGGUUUGACGUGCGGUGCAUUCAAGCUGGCGUUGCGCUAUCUCUAUACCAACCAAUUGGUUGCUAGGGUGGAUAUAGUGCGGUUGCUAAAAAAACCGGGUGACAAGCAGCAACCCGAUCCGACCGAGAUUAGUGAGCUGUGCGGAAAGUUAAAAGCAAUCUUCGACCGGAUGCACCUAGGACCUUUGGCACGAUCCGUUAAAACAUUGGUAACUGAACCGCCGAUUGAUCCAUUCCCAAAGUUGCCACACGAUUCCUAUCCCGAGCUGUACGAUCUCAUCAUUCAGCUACAGGGCGGUGAAACGUUACGUGCGCACAAAUGUGUUCUGGUGGCCCGACUCGAGUACUUUGCCAUGAUGUUUGCCCACAGCUGGGGUGAACGGAAGACGACAGCCGAUCUGAAGACGGUGCCACGGGAGUACAUGGAUGUGAUUGUACCGUUUCUAUACGAUAACGAUUACGGGCGUAUACGGGAGCAGCGUUACUCGGAGAACUUUCUCUUUAGUAUGAUCAUCAUUUGCGAUCAGUUCUUUAUCGAGGAGUUGAAGAGUGUAUUUGAGACGAUCAUCAGCGAGCGGAUACAGCUGCGUAACGUGGGGGAAUUGCUCGAGUUUGGCUUCCAGUACAACUGCGAGGUACUGAAGAUGGCCUGCAUGCAGUUCAUUAGCGUGAACUUUGCCCGCCUUCUCGAGUGGCACCUACUCGAAGGGCUUGAACCGACGGUACUGGUGCAGGUAGACCGAUUCUACAAGGAAUUCUUUCAACUGGAAGCGUAUCGUACCAUCACACCGUUCUCGGAUGCAAUCGGUGACGAGGAGUUGGAGAAGUUUGUCCGUAACUUUCGGGUCGAUCUCGAGGAGAAAAUGGAAUCGAAGGAGAAGCUAGCCGCGGUUCCGAUCCGAAGCAAACAGGUCAGUGCAAUACCGAAGGUUUCGCGGUUGCAGCAGGAAAAGCGAAACUUUGAGAAGGAAGCAAUGGGCUAUCUGCAGAGGCUUUCGUUUGAAGAGGCAGCCACGGCAAAGGAACGCAAAACAUCGGCCAGUAGUAGUGCUGCCGCGCAGACGAACGGAGAGACCAAACGGUCGAUAACACCCGAGAGACGAAAGACAGACGUAGAUGUGGUUGGUGAAUCGAGUGCAGGGCAUUCGACGAAAGCGUGGCAGAAGGUAGUUACACCAUCGGACGCAAAGCGGAAAUCUGCCCUUUCCGCUGCCCUUAAAGCGAAUGAAGUGAUGAAAAGUGAAGCGAAGCAACAGCAGCAACUGCCGGUCCAGUCUUCCAGCGAAGGUUACUCCAACCUUCGCACGAUGCUGGAUAAAGUACCGACACCACCGCACUUGCAACCACAGCGUACCCCCGAUGAGGGGUACGAAUCGGCGAAUGGUGCCACCCCACCCAAUGUGGUCGCGUCACCUAUUAGUCUAGGGGACUUUUCGCUCCAGAAGGGAAAGCUUUCUCAGAAGCAACGCAAGAGGCUCUCUUCAACGACGGAAAAGCCAUUGCAGGACAAUACAAAUCAACAAUCGCAGCAGCAGCAGCAGCAACAGAGUUCUCCAUCGCCUCCCGUUGAAGCUGUGAAUCCCUGGAAGAACGUGAACGCACCUCCUGUGGCUGACCUGCUAAAAAUUCAAUCCUCGGAAGCAGCGGGUUCGCCGGUGCCAUCCGCACCAUCCGCUGUUCGUAAGCACCGAAAGAGCACAAACGAAAACGUUGGCAACGGUAGCAUGACAGUGGAUUCGACACAGCAUGCCACGCUGUCAGCUAGUAAGCAGCAACGCCAACGACUGACCAGCAGUAGGCUAAGCGGAGGUGAGAAGGAUUUCAGCGAGAUCCUGGCAGACGAGCGACGGCAAAAACAAUACUUUGAAAAGAUCAAAUCGAAAUCCCUCAUUCACACUCAAAUCGAAGAGCGAGCGAUCGAAGAGUUGCGCGACUUCUACAGCGUCGAUAAGGUUUUUGACGAGCACAUAACGAUCGAACGCUACCGUCCACUAUUAGAGGGAGUGCAAAACUUUGCCGUUUGGCAGUACCAGUGACCACCGUAACGGAACGGGUAAAAAGGCAGUAAAGUGGACAAAGGCAAAUAAAAGU